AUGUCUUUGCUGACUCAGCGACCCAAUCCCGAUGAUAUUUUAAUGCCGCCCACUCCCCCCGCUUACAUGGCGCUCCGUCCCGAGUUGAAUGCAUCACUGGCUCCACGACCUCACCUAGCUCAGCUAAAAUGGGACCAUGGCGUAGCCAACGACUCUCUCAACCCCUCCCUCUUGAAAUGCCACUGGGCAGAGCAUGCGUCGUCAGGGCCUACAAGACGUCAUGACCCGCUAGACAAUGAGCGCCUGUUUCGCCAAUCAACCGACCUUAUCCCCCGCCAGUACUUCAGCGGCAAACGCUCCGUCCAGCGAAGCGAAGUAAAUUGA